UGCGGCAUGACUUUGAUGGGAUCAAACGAUAAGGAGAUCAAAGGCUGAUGAAACCAAAACACAGUAUGCAUUGUCAAAUCUCAGUGUAGUAGAAGGCCUGCGACAAAUUGCGGAUAGGACAGGGGUUCGAUUGAUACAGGAAUGAGACUGAGACUUUCUUCACGAUCAAAGAUGAAGACUUUUUUGAUGUUAUGUGCUUUGACUAUUAUGGUUGUAGUGGUGUAUGGGACAUUUCUAGCUGGGGACAAGGAGGCAAACAGACACAUACGAGAAGAAAUGCUCCGAAAUGAUAUAGAAAAUCUCAAGCAGCGGGUAAAAGAUUUGGAAAGCAGGAAAAAAGUCUACCCUGAAGUCAAGUUUCUGACAUAUAAAGACAGGAAGAGGAUAUUGAUAACUGGAGGUGCUGGCUUCGUGGGGUCUCACCUCGUGGACAAACUCAUGAAAGAUGGCCACGAGGUGACAGUGGUUGACAAUUUCUUCACGGGUCGAAAACGAAAUGUGGAACACUGGAUGGGUCAUCACAACUUUGAGAUUUUAAACCAUGAUGUUGUGAAUCCGCUCUAUAUUGAGGUUAAUGAGAUCUAUCACUUAGCUUCCCCGGCCUCACCCCCACACUAUAUGUACAACCCCCUGAAGACAAUAAAAACCAACACCCUGGGGACUAUCAACAUGCUGGGUUUAGCCAAAAGAGUGCGGGCAAAGUUUUUACUGGCGUCUACAUCAGAGGUGUACGGAGAUCCAGAGGAGCAUCCUCAGACGGAGGAGUACUGGGGCAACGUAAACCCGAUUGGGCCGCGGGCGUGUUACGACGAGGGAAAGAGGGUUGCGGAGACCAUCACCUACUCUUACGCUAAACAGGACCAUGUACCAGUCCGAGUGGCCCGCAUAUUUAACACCUUUGGUCCCAGAAUGCACAUGAAUGAUGGAAGAGUGGUCAGCAACUUUAUCCUUCAGGCACUUCAGAAUGAAACCAUUACGAUUUAUGGGCAGGGAGACCAGACUCGCUCCUUUCAGUACGUCACUGAUCUUGUGGAGGGCUUGGUGAAGUUAAUGGAGUCAAACUACACCGGGCCGGUCAACAUUGGCAACCCUGAGGAGUACACUAUUAAAGCGUUUGCCUACAAAAUACGACAUUUGAUUGGCUCAAGUCGAAGCAAAAUAACACAUUUACCAGCUGUGCAGGAUGACCCAAAGAAAAGGAAACCUGACAUAACAAAGGCAAAGAAAUACCUCAACUGGCAACCUCAGGUUCCUAUGAUGGUGGGGAUAAACAAGACCAUAGAAUAUUUCAGAAAUGAAAUUUCCAAAUCUCAUAAAAGCGAACACAACAUACCUUCCCCAGACCUGAGGUGAUUUGUAUGAUUCAUCCAGUCAUUCCAUUGUCUACUCUGUCCUUACUUCAGUUUUAAUUGGAUGUUUUCUUUACAUGCCUCCCAAGUUUGUACAUGUAGCUGUGACCUAGUCAGUGUAAUAGAAGUUUUUAUGCUUAAAAAAUUUGCUGUUAUAUAUUGGGUUUUGUUUUUAAGGCACAGCUUAUAGAUAGCUUUGCAUUGUGUUUUUUUUUAUAUAAUGUGUACUGAUACAUAUUGUAAAUAUUGUGGAAGAUAAAAGUGUUUGGUUACUGAUGAUU